UGUGUCGGGGUCCUUUCGCACAUGUGUGACACGGCAGUGUAACUGCGCGCCCUUGGUUUGGGUCAGAAACUGGAUUUGAACCCGAACCGCAGGCUUGGGAUCGCCCGCGUCGGCACACGGCAACACCGCUUAGACAGGGACAGAAGUCGAGCGGUUCGGCGAGAUGUGGGUUUGCGGUCGGUUCGUUUUUCAAGGAUUACUGCGUGAUCUGAACCAGGCGUCUGCGGGACCGCUGAAGAGCUUCUCAAACACGGCAUGCAGGGGCACUGUGAAGGUGGAGCGCUGGUGGCAGGUUCCUCUCUCGCAGGAAGGCAGAGCCCCGAAGCUCCACCCGCGGAGGCAUCGAGUGUACCGGCUGGUGGAGGACAGCAAGCACGGACCCAAAGAGAAGCUGGAGCUCAUUCUCACCCAGACCGUGGCCAAGCUGGGUGGCCGAGGGGACACGGUUUCUGUGAAGAAAUCUCUUGGGAGGAACAAGCUGCUGCCCGAGGGGCUGGCCGUGUACGCCUCCCCCGAAAACAAGCAGCGUUUUGAGGAGGAGAGGAGGAUGCUGAGAGAGGGGAAGCCAGAGGAGAGGGUGCAGACCAGGACUGGAGAAUUGACGGUGGCGUUCUUGAAACAGUGCCACCUGGAGGUGGGGAUGAAGAAUAACGUCAAGUACGAAUUGACCAAGGAGAUGGUUUGCCGGGCUCUGCUCAGAAAGCUGGGUCUCUGUGUUCCGCUGCAUGCGCUGACCCUGCCUGAGGAGCCAAUCACGAGGUGGGGGGAGUACUGGUGUGAGGUCACGGUGAACGGUAUCGACACGGUCCGGAUCCCCAUGUCUGUGGUGAACUUCGAGAAGCCCAAAACUCGGCGUUACAAGCGCCGGCUGGAGCAGGAGCGAGCUGGAACCGGAACCAGGGACCCAGAGUCCGGUGAUCCCGAGAGAGAAGACUCUUAAACGGGCUAGCGCCGUGACGUCAGCGCAUUGCCAUUAGUUACCUCUUUGUAAUGUUGAAAUCCCCUCCCGUUUUAUUAAAUCUGUGCCUCCCCCUCUA